AGAAAGAAAGGGAAACAGGAGAGAUCAAAGAUCGAAAAAGAUCUGGGCGUCCGCAAAUCCUAUCACCCAAUGAUGUAAAAGAAGUACUCGACAUUAAGAAGACUGCUGAUGAUUGGAGAAAGGUUAUUUUUUCCGAUGAAAGCAAAUUCGUACUUUUUGGAUCUAAUUUUCGUAAAUUUUGCUGA